UCACAGAGCCAUAAUUGACAUACUCAACUAUUUACCCAAGGGGUUUCAGCUUGAUUCCAAACCAGCAGGACACGAAGCUUGCCCUUCCUGAGAGGGCCCUCAGAGUGUCUUCUAGCUUUUGUUGUGUGUCAUGUAUUGACGUUCUCCAGGCAGCAUUUUUCUGCCAGUUCUGGCCACCUCCUUUCCUCUGGAACAUGCUGAUUUCAGCAAGUCCAGCUCUGUCAGCUCUGCCCCCCCGAGUCUAUUGGUUUCUGAUCAUCUGAUGAUGCUUUGACUGCACUCAGGACCUGUCUUUGUCCCUCCUCUUAACAUACUUGCAGCUAAAACUAAAUAUUGCUGCUUAGGGACCUACUUCUAGCCUUAAAUUUCAGCUCAUCCUCUUCAGCUGCCUUGGUCAUGGCUCUGCUAUUCUCCUUGAUCCUUGCCAUUUGCACCAGACCUGGAUUCCUAGAGUCUCCAUCUGGAGUGCGGCUGGUGGGGGGCCCCCACCGCUGUGAAGGGCGGGUGGAGGUGGAACAGAAAGGCCAGUGGGGCACCGUGUGUGAUGACGACUGGGACAUUAAGGACGUGGCUGUGGUGUGCUGGGAGCUGGGCUGUGGAGCUGCCUACGGAACCCCCAGUGGUAUUUUGUAUGAGCCACCAGCAGAAAAAGAGCAAAAGGUCCUCAUCCAAUCAGUCAAUUGCACAGGAACAGAAGAUACAUUGGCUCAAUGUGAGCAAGAAGAAGUUUAUGAUUGUUCACAUGAUGAAGAUGCUGGGGCAUCAUGUGAGAACCCAGAGAGCUCUUUCUCCCCAGUCCCAGAGGGCGUCAGGCUGGCUGAUGGCCCUGGGCAUUGCAAGGGACACGUGGAAGUGAAGCACCAGAACCAGUGGUAUAUCGUGUGCCAGACAGGCUGGAGCCUCCGGGCCGCAAAAGUGGUGUGCCGGCAGCUGGGAUGUGGGAGGGCUGUACUGACUCAAAAACGCUGCAACAAGCAUGGCUAUGGCCAAAAACCCAUCUGGCUGAGCCAGAUGUCAUGCUCAGGACGGGAAACAACCCUUCAGGAUUGCCCUUCUGGGCCUUGGGGGAAGAACACUUGCAACCAUGAUGAAGACACAUGGGUCGAAUGUGAAGAUCCCUUUGACUUGAGACUAGUAGGAGGAGACAAGCUCUGCUCUGGGCGACUGGAGGUGCUGCACAAGGGCGUAUGGGGCUCUGUCUGUGAUGAUAAUUGGGGAGAAAAGGAGGACCAGGUGGUAUGCAAGCAACUGGGCUGUGGGAAGUCUCUCUCUCCCUCCUUCAAAGACCGGAAAAGCUAUGGCCCUGGGGUUGGCCGCAUCUGGCUGGAUAAUGUUCGUUGCUCAGGGGAGGAGCAGUCCCUGGAGCAGUGCCAGCACAGAUUUUGGGGGUUUCACGACUGCACCCACCAGGAAGAUGUGGCUGUCAUCUGCUCAGGAUAGUAUCCUGGUGUUCUUGAUGCUUCACCUGGCCCCACUGGCCCUGCCUGCCCUCUGCUUGUUCUCCUGAGCCCUGAUUAUCCUCAUACUCAUUCUGGGGCUCAGCUUCAGCCACUACUCCCUCAUUCCCUCAGGAGUCUGAACACUGGGCUUAUGCCUUACUCUCAGGGACAAGCAGCCCCCAUUGCUGCCUGUAGAUGUGAGAUGUUGAGUUCCCUCUUGCUGGGGAAGAUGAGCUUCCACGUAUCCUGCGCUCAACCCUGAUCCUUUGACACUGGUUCUGGCCUUUCCUGCCUCUUCUCAAGCUGCCUGGAAUCCUCAGGCGUGUCACUUUGAUCAGAUGUGCAGACCAUUACUAAGGCAAGAUCUAUGUCUGCAAACAUUAAAGGAAUGAAACAAUGAAAGGAACAUUUGAAAGAAAAUGUGGGUAAACAAUUUCUUGCAACUUGGGGGAAAGUUUAGAAUUCUUUUGAUUGGAUUACUUUUUUUUUUUUUCCCUUAAGCUUCAGGUGACCACAAUAGCAGCACCUCACUAUUCUGUUAUUUCUUAGUGUAGGUAGACAAUUCUUUCAGAAGAGCAGCAUCCUAUAAUCCUAGACCUUUUCAUGACCCUUAAAAAUUGAUGUUUCAUCCUCUGAUUGCCCCAAUAAAAAUCUUUGUUGUCCAUCCCUAUACAACCUG